GGGCAGGAGGAAGACGUGGAGAUGAGGAAGAGGAUUAACCUGGAGUUAAGGAACAGAGCCCCGGAGGAGGUGACAGAAUUGGUCCUUGAUAAAUACCUGUGUGUCAGUGGGGAAACGGAGGGCCCGAAUGACACUUUCAAAGAACUAGAAUUUCUGAGUAUGGUUAAUGGGGCAUUAAGUUCACUGGCCCAGCCUCCCAGCCUAAAUAAACUUCAGAAGUUGGCACUUAGUGACAAUGUGAUUUUUGGAGACUUGGAAGUUUUAGCAGAAAAAUGUCCAAAUCUUACCUUCCUCAAUCUGAGUGGAAACAAAAUCAAAGAUCUGAGUACAAUAGAGGGAGGCUCUGCAAGAUCUUAA